AUGUGGAUCAAGUUCGGUGUCUUGCUUACAAUAUUCGGUUUUAUUCACCAAAUCAAAUGUGAAGAUAUCUCAUACUCGGACAUAUACCUUCCAGCUGGAACCAAUGGCUUUGUAUGUCAAUUAAAUUUUUAUCCGAUUGAGCAUGUACGGGAAGCCGUCGAGAGAGCUUUCCGAUCAUUUUUCUUUGAAAAAUUAUAUAGAAAAUUUCCAAAAUUAUUCGAAGAUACACAACUAUUUGAUGUGAAACCAGACAUCCUUCUCUCAUGGCCUAUUUUGUUUAGAGAGAUAUUUUACGACAACAACGUAGGGAAAGUCCGCCUUGUUUUUAAUACCAGAGGCCAAAUUAUGGGUUUGGUAAUGAUAAAACCCAAGGAAACAGGCCAGAAAAUUAGUUUCGAGAGAUGCAACCCAGUCCGCAAGUCUCUUGAAGAGGAUAAUGCGGAAAAAUCUUCAUUGAAUCAGUGGUGGAAUCUAGUACAUCCCGCUUUUGGAUAUAAAUGUGGCUUGAAGUUUUUCCCAGAAUCCUCUGUUAAUAAGUUAAAGGAGCCCGACUGGAUUGCAAGUUUCCCUAAAAGGCGCUCUAGAUCAAAGAAAGCUAUCGACAAAAAAUAUACGGGGGAUGAAUUUAGCGGAGAUGAUCUUUACUGGUACCCUGUGCACCACAAGCUAUCCCGCGACCCUGCUUCUGGCUCUCCUGGUGUAUUCCGUGCUGUUUUUGACAUGAGCAAUCAUGAAUUCAAGGGGAUCAUCAAUACAAUCAACAGGAAUGAGAAAUGCGUAACUGUAUGGGAUUUAUCAUCGAUCAGGUCAGAGAACAUCUAUACUCCAUCCUCUGUCUUAAACCUCGAAAGAAUAAAAGAUAGUUAUUGGCCCGAGACUUGCUUUGGACAUAGGAUCCUGUCCAAAACAAUAUGGCUUUAUCUAGAGUUCGCCCUAAAGGACUGGGAGUCGGCCUUUUAUGGCAGAAUCCCUAAUUUCCCUAUCAUUAAAAAGAAAGUAAUACGGCUCUGGCCCAUCAGAACUCCGGAAAAUCAUGAUAAUUCCUUCAAAAAUAUGUUUGCGAUAGGGUAUCACACUGAACUCGACUCUUACAGCCUGUAUCACUCUAAAAUUAAGAAUAAUUUAUUUAGUGGUUUCUCCCCAUGCUUCGAAUUUUCUCUCUCUACUAUCCGUAAUCUACGAAAACAUCUCGCUGAACCACAUGGUCAUGGAGAAAGCUCUUUUCUAGUGUACUGA